GAUUCCUUAUAAGUAAUUUGCCUAAAAAAUAUGUCUAAGAAAGUCAAAUUAAAUUUUUAAUGUUUGAAGUUCAUAGGAAGUGUCAUUACUGGGUGGCUUCUUCCAACAACUCAUUCAUAUCACUGCAAUUUAGCCUAUAUUCUUAUUGUGCCUCACUGUACAGAUUGUAUAUUUCUUAUAAAAAAAAAAAAAUAAAAAAUGUUUGAAGUUCAAAUUUUUACAACAUUGGAUUUUUCAAAUUAACUCAAUUUCUCAUGUAGGUAGUGUUUAACCUAACACGAUCGUACUAAGAAUUGAUGAAUAAAAAAAAGCCAAACAUUCGUAUGUAUAGAUAAAGAAGAAAUUUAAAAAUAGCAAAAAUAAGAAAAAAAAUUGGUCCACCGUAACCGUCGUUCGAUCUUGAGACAUUCUGUACUAAAAUUCAUAGAAGUGCCUCUGUGUCAACAGGCUUAUCGUAUUAACAAUAAUAAUAAUUAUGAAAACCAAUAGAAACCAUUUAUAAACAAGAAGUUCUAUCGUAAAUCUCAACAUUUGAGCACCUCCCCGGGUUGAAUCUGAAUCAUCCCAGGAGCCAAUUAAACACACACAAAAAAUGUCAUAAAAAUCGGUCAAGCCGUUUAGGAAUGCAUAACAGACAGAUAGACAAACAUUAAUUAGGUAAUGUAUUAUAUGUUUAUGUUUAACUAUAAUUAAUUACCGAGCACAAGUAAAAUUUUUUUAGUGGUUUUGUGAUAAUUUAAAAGCAUCAUAAGAGUAUCCAGUAUAAACCUGAGAUACAGCCUAAAUUUCAAACUCUAUUUGCGUCUGUGGUUUCGAACAAACAUUUAUUGAGAGAGCUAUAUUUUAUUGGAAAAUACCAAUGAUAGGUACAUAUAUUAUUAUAGUAACGGUUGAGGAUGAACGAUGUGGAAACGAUAUUGUUAUAAAUUAUAAUUUAUAAUAACACAAUAUAUAAUAACAUGUACCUAAUUAAUACUCAUAUAAUAUAUGAUAAGUGUUUAAUAUAGCCAUAGGCCAUAGCCCUUAAGCCAUUACCUAUUACCUAUUAGUUAUUACUUAUAGUAUCAAAUACUAAUAGUAUAAUAUUAUGUGCGACCAAGCGACUUGCAUUUGUGUAUAGGUCUCCAAACUCGUUUCUACACUCGUACACACACUUUAGUCGUUUCCCAUAAGUGCCUGUCUUAAAAUCGUCGCUCGAAACUUGGGAGAACGCCAACACCACGUCGUCGUCUCGCCCGAACAGCAAAUUAAUAUUGGUCAAAAAUUCGGUUGUAAGUCACCCCUCUUUUAGUGGAAGUACAGAAAUACGUUGAAAUCGCCGUCGUCCCCGCCGCCGUUAUUUGUCGGUUACAUCCGUCGCGGGUGUAAAAACGGUCGGACCAUAAAUGUGGUCGUCGUCGUGCAUGCGGUGCCGUGGAGGAGGUUAGAGUGCGCGGCUACCACGGUCACACGGUGGUUGUCUCGGAUGGGUUUUGGUGGGGACGCGCUUAAGGAGUGUCUACUUGUACCGUGGUACUCACGGUGACGGACCUCGAAAGAGCAUGCGCGCAACGACGUGAUGUGUGUGAACGCUGCCUGUCCGGUUCCCACCGCGUGCGCGUGGAAACCGGUUACUCACCACCACCGCCACCGCGCCAUUGGGGUGCCUGGCCUGGCGGUGCGUGUGGGGAGGGGGUCCUCCGGGAAUGUACGUUACGAAAUUUUCUACAGCGACGCCAGUCGCACGGGUCCGUUUGCAACCGUCGUUUGUCAGUCGAAUUCGCCGUCGCCGUCGUCGUUGGCGCGCGUCCUCGUAUCACUCCGCCGUGUUUCUUUCCCGUACCCCUCCCACCGUCAAAACCAACGUCUCUGAUAAUAAAAAAUACCUCGAUUUCACGGCAAAACUCUGUGAUUUCGCGAUAGUCUUGCGCGUCCGUCGUCGGUUAACGAAAAUUGUUAUCAAGAGAACAUAGUAUAUUCUGUUAUUAUUAUAUUUCAUUCCCGCCGAUGGAUUAUACAGUUCGGUUCGCGUUUCUUUUAUUCGCAAAUGUCUUCUGACGUGUUCAAAUCGUGAUUCGUUUUGGUCGUUGGUGCCGUCGGCCGUGGUGCGUCGUACCGUGCCGUGUGUGAGAGUGUGUGUGUGUUGUUUUGACGUGUGAUGCCGUUGUCGUUCAAAAAAAUCUUUUCGCGAAAACUGCUGUUCAGCCCGAAAGUCAUGGGUAACGCGGCGUCGCAUCACGAACCGUUGGACCGGGUCGGCAGCCACGCGGGCUCGACGUUUCGGCGUUCGUCCAGUGUUCGGCACAGCAAAUCCUCCAAGAGUGGUCGGUCGCCGUCUAAAAUGGACCGAUUACGGAGGAGUUUUCGAGACAGUUUCAGACGCCGUAAAGAUCUGGGAAAUACCGCCGGAUCACCAGGCCACCAUUCUAAUCCUAAGCCUCAUUUGUGGGCCAUGGACGAGGCUGAAGUCCGGGCUGGGAUAUGUUCCUUCCAUGUUAAGGGGAAAAUAAUGUGUUCUGAAGAUGUGUGUGGAAUGAACUUCCUUGUGGAGUAUUUGGGCUGUGUCGAAGUCUUUGAAUCAAGAGGAAUGGAAGUAUGCGAAGAAGCUUUAAAAACACUUAGGGCUUCACGCCGUAGACCAGUCAGAGCUAUAUUUUACAUAUCAGGAGAUGGACUGCGUGUCGUAGAAGAAGAAACAAAAGGUUUGAUAGUAGAUCAAACAAUUGAAAAAGUUUCGUUCUGUGCCCCGGACCGGAGUCAUGAAAAAGGAUUUUCAUACAUAUGCAGAGAUGGACUGACUCGUCGAUGGAUGUGUCACGGUUUUGUAGCUCUAAAAGAAUCGGGUGACCGAUUAAGUCAUGCUGUUGGAUGUGCUUUUCAAGAAUGUCUGAUAAGAAAAAAUAAACGAGAAGAAGAUUGUUCUGUUACGAUGAACUAUGAUCCAAAAACAUCUGUUUUUACUAGAACUGGCAGUUUUAGAACUCCAUCUUUAACUGAACAACAAUCUGAACCUAAUAUUCCGCUCAAUGCACCACCACAACCACCCCCUUUUCUUCAGUUAAAUAAAGAUAUACCAACAUCAGUAAAACCAUUGCAACAAAACCCUACAACACCAAAAGUUAGCACCAAUGCGAUUGAAAGACCGCAUGCAACACUGUCAAUGUUACAACGACAAGGAUCAUUUCGUGGGUUUACACAACUUAAUCAAGCAUCUCCAUUUAAAAGGCAGUUGUCACUUCGAAUAUCUGAAUUACCUUCUAAUUUGGAGAGAACGAGGUCAAUGAGUCUACAACCAACAGCAAAUUCCCGUACAUCUAAUAAACUUUUACAAAUGAAUACUCCAGUGAGUCCUAUACUUGAAGCUUCUCCUCGAAGUGAAAAACCAAUGUCAACAACAGAUCAAGUAACAGCUAUGUGUCAACAAAUGUCAUUAGAAUUGGCGUUUCUUACAAAUAGUACAGCCAAUGACGAUUUUUCUGAGAAAUUUAAAUCAAACGAUUCAACAAGUAUAGAAAACAAUUCAAAACAAGGCCCGAUUACUGGAAGUGAAGCAUUUCUUGCUAGUAUAUCAAAAAAAUCCACAUUAUCUACAGAAACCCAAAGCAACCCCUCCACUCCAAAACCAGAGAGUCGUAUUAGCCCUCAACAAGACGAAGGCUUUGAUUCAGGUUCCAGUUUAUGGAAUAUUAACAACAAGGCAGUUACACCACCAACACCACCUGCUACUCCUCCAUCGUCACUUCCAAGGCCUGAACAGUGGUUAGGUAAAGUGGCAGCAGUUACAUUACAGUCAAUGGAUCACCAGAUCACACCUAAAAGAAAUCCACAUUUAGUAACACACAGUCGUGCGUUUUCUUUAGACACUGCUGAAGAUGCUUAUCGCACAUUUAAUAUUUCAGCCAAUCCAUUUGACCCUAAUUAUAUUGCCCCAAAACAAAAUACAAAUCCUUUUUUAAGUAGCCCAAUAUCAAAUAGCCAAAGUAAAACUGUAAAAACUUUUGAAGUUCAAAUGUGAUUAAUUCUCAAAAUUAUCGACAUAGAAUAAUAUAAAGUAAAAAUAUAAUUAGAGAAAGUAAAUAUGUGAUUACCAUAAUACUAAGUAAGAUUGGAUUCAGGAUUGUGCAAUUAGUGUUCAAAAUUAAUAUUAACAAAACUUCUUAUUGAUGCUAUUUGAUCUAGUGUAGCUAUCACUAUGUACUAUCUUUGAAAAAAAUCAAAAUUUGAAUUGAUCAAACAAAAUUAUUUGUUAUUAGUACUUCUUUUUUUUAAUAAACAUUUUAUUUUUUUUUCAAUAAUUUAAGUAUUACCAAGUGCAUUUAUAAUAAUACUUUCUAUUUUAUGUUUAAGUAGUAUCCUUAAAAAUAUCUGCUAAAAAAGUUAUUAACUCACAUAAUUUAAAGUUUCAAGAAGUACUUAAAUAAAAUAUAUUUAGUAAGAGUUACACAAUUAUCAAUAAAUAUGGUGGUUAAGCUACAAUUGCAUAAACUAUUAUUAAUAUUUUUUUACAAUUUUCUGUAACUAAACAUAAAACAUAAACCUAAUGUUCAUGCACAAUGAAUUUAAACUAAAUUAUUAAAUAAUAUUCAUAUAUGUUCAUUUGCAACCUAUACAUAUCAAUAUUUUUUUAACGUUAAAAUACUUAGUAUAUUAUAAUAUUUUAUGUUAAAUGUUGUGUUGAUAUAAAUAUUGACAGCUAAGGGUACCUUACUAACGAAUUUGAACUUAUUGCACACAUAUAGCUAAUGGAGAAAAAUUCACUAGUAUAAAAGGUUAUAACUUAUUAACAACUAAUUGAAUCAAAUAGUUAUAUUAAACAAUAAAAAUUGAACAUAUUUCUUAUAUUUACUUAUAAUUACAAAAAGUUAUAAUAUUUCAACUUUUUAUAACUAUUAAUAAUAAAUUAUAUUUAUAUUCUCAUAAUAUAAAACUAUAAAUAGGACAUACAAUUGUAACAUUUGAUUGAAUGAACUUCUAAUAUUGUACGAACCAACUCUAAAUUAGUAAACAAACAGUAUAGAUUCUUAAUCGAGUCCUAAGUAUUUGCUGAUUUUUUUAACCCAAGUAUUAUUUAAUGAUUAUUUAUAACCAUAAGUAUAUAUGUAUAUAAUGUGUAUUUUUCUAAGAUCAAAAUGUUGAUAUAUGUAUUCUUCUAUAUACCUGUUAGAUUGAAAAUGAUUCACCUUGCAUUAAUUUUACCUUUUUAUUGGCACAAGUCUGUAUUUCUGUCGUCUUUACAGUUAUCUUAAUAAUAAUGAUUCAGUUAUUUGCAUCCCUCAUUUUCAUAUAUUAUAUAUAAAUGUUACUUCUUUACUUUCGCUUUUGGUUUAACAAGUCAAACACUUUCACAGUUAUAAAACAACAUAAAACUGUAUUAUGAUUAAAAAAAAAAACGCUUAUAGCCGCGUACUGAAUAGGGAUUGCGUGUUCUGUGAUAUUUGUGUAUU